CUCUGGGCACAGGACGCAGGCAGUGUGGGACUCACACAUGCCCUGCUCCCUGGGGACGGAUUUCAUCCAAUCUCCGGCCACCCCCCACACAGCCCCAUGGCCCCCAACCCACUGCUGCCACCAGACAGUGCAACCCUACAGGGGCCCUCAGCCACCAUCCCCCAGCCUCGUGGCAAGGUGCCUAUGUCAUCCUAUGUCCCUGAGUUGCCCCAGAGGCUGCAGGGCAGGCGGCCAAUGCCAUCAGGCCGCUUGGUGGUGGCCCUGCAGCGUCCCCUGGGUGAGCAGCAGCAGGCAGUGGGCAGCCGCCUGCAGCCCGGAGCAGGGCAGGGACAGAGCAGUGGUCACUCAGUCACCUUCACACUAAGUGACCUAUCCCGGGCAGAGCCACCAAGCAGGGGUUGUCCUCCAUGUGGCAGCCAGGUGGCCACAGCCAUCCUAAAGGAGCAGAUGACACAGACCGAGCCCUGCACGGUAGUUUUGUCACCUCACAUGAUUGAUGUGGGGACCCAAUUGCCCCAAGAUCCUUGUGCCACCCACCCCACCGUCUGCACCCCAACCCCACCACCACCUCGCAGCCCCAUCACCAACCCCAAACCACCCCGCAGAGCUCUGCGGCCACUUGUGCACAAAUCCAUUUCCCGAUGCUCAGGGCACCAGGACCCCAUGGAGCAGGGCUCCUUGUCCCCACAGCCCCCUCCAGCCCAGCCCAGCAGGGAGCAGAAUGAGCACCUGUGUGUGCUGCACCACAGGGCUGAGCAGAUGGCACACCAGCACCCAGCACCUUUCCAGCUGUCACCUCCCACCAGGGACAUGGGCACCCAGGCCAGCUCUGUGCCCGUGAACCCACACCCUGAUCCUAGGUCCCCAAAAGCCCCCUGUGCCUGUUGUCCCCAGCACUGCCCUGCUGUCCCCUUGCCCUGGGAUGUCUCCACCACCAGGGCUCUGUCCAAGCCUGAUCGCAGCUCAGCUUGGUGGCCCCUGCUGCACUCACUGCACGCUGUCACCCCGUGCCCCGUGUCCCCAGUGAUGGAGCCGAGCACUUCCAAGAGCAGCCCUGUGGAGGUGGAUGCCAUUGCAGAAGUCCCGACAGGCAGAGGUGGCUUCAGUGAGGAUGUGGCAAUGUGUGACAGAGCUCCUGCCACCACCCUGCUGCAGGACAACGGCUCCAAGAACUUUGCCUGUGGUGUUGAUGUUGGGCACAAGGUGGACAAGGAGCUGGCCACUGAAUUUAAGACGACCUUCAUGGUCAUGACUGACAAGGGGAACACCGACUUCUUCUGGAACCUGAAAGAUGAGGAGAUCAAGCGCUUCCUGAAGGAGGACUCAGAAGAGGCUGAGCUCACCCAAUUCCUCAGGGACUGCCCUCCUGCUGACAGCCCCCGCAAAGUGGAGCCCCCUGAGGGUCGGCGGGAUUCUGGCCACCCCCUCUGUGGGAGGGCCCCUGGUGAGGAGCCUACUGAUGAGCACGACGUGCGGUCCUUCUCUCGCCCCCGGCCCUUGGACACCCAGCAGCUCAUCAUGGCCCCCCCACCGCCAAGCCCCUCACGGCCGCGCAGCCCCUGGGGGCAGCUGGACCCCUACGAUUCCUCUGAGGAUGACAAGGAGUAUGUGGGCUUCGCCACGCUUCCCAACCAAGUCCAUCGCAAGUCAGUGAAGAAGGGCUUUGACUUCACGCUGAUGGUGGCAGGGGAAUCUGGGCUGGGCAAAUCCACCCUCGUCAACAGCCUCUUCCUGACAGACAUGUACAGGGACCGCAAGCUUCUCAACGCUGAAGAGCGCAUCACGCAGACGGUGGAGAUCACCAAGCACGUGGUGGAUAUCGAGGAGAAGGGUGUCAAGCUGCGCCUGACCAUUGUAGACACGCCAGGCUUUGGUGAUGCUGUCAACAACACUGAGUGCUGGAAGCCGGUGGCUGACUACAUUGACCAGCAGUUUGAGCAGUACUUCCGCGAUGAAAGUGGCCUCAAUCGCAAGAACAUCCAGGACAACCGUGUGCACUGCUGCAUCUAUUUCAUCUCGCCCUUUGGCCAUGGCCUCCGGCCCCUGGAUGUGGAGUUCAUGCGGGCGCUGCACCAGCGUGUGAACAUCGUGCCUGUACUCGCCAAGGCUGACACCUUGACACCCGCCGAGGUGGAACGGAUGAAGAAUAAGAUCCGGGAGGAGAUCGACCACUAUGGGAUCCGCAUCUAUCAGUUCCCUGAGUGCGACUCGGAUGAGGAUGAGGAGUUCAAGCUGCAGGACCAAGCACUGAAGGAGAGCAUCCCCUUUGCUGUCAUCGGCAGCAACACGGUGGUGGAAGCCAAGGGACGGCGUGUCCGUGGGAGGCUCUACCCCUGGGGCAUCGUGGAAGUGGAGAAUCCAUCUCACUGUGACUUUGUGAAGCUGCGCACCAUGCUGGUGAGGACCCACAUGCAGGACCUGAAGGAUGUGACGCGUGAGACGCACUACGAGAACUACCGCACGCAGUGCAUCCAGAGCAUGACCCGCAUGGUGGUGAAGGAGAGGAACCGCAACAAGCUGACACGGGAGAGCGGCACGGAUUUCCCCAUCCCUGUUAUCCCCCCGGUGCCGGACUCGGAGACGGAGAAGCUCAUCCGGGAGAAGGAUGAAGAGCUGCGGCGGAUGCAGGAGAUGCUGCAGAAGAUCCAGAAGCAGAUGAAGGACUCCCACUAACCACCCCCCCCUUCUUCCUCCUCCUCCUCCUCCUCCGGCCGUGCCCCACGCGGAUCAGAAAUGUUUACAUCAUGCUCCAUCCCAGCCAAGCUCUGAGACUCGGUACCAACAACACCUCUCACCUUAAGCUGCUGCAGUGUCGCCUUAUGGACUUGGGGACGGCGAGGGGAUGGGGUGCACCUCCCAAGUUCCCCCAUACACUGUCCCAGUCCCUUCUGCACCCCCUGGGCUGGGUGCAGUGUUGUCCCCAUGGCUUUGGCUCCCUCUGUGUCCUCCCCACCCCGGGUAUUUUCAAGAGGUCACAACUACCCUGUUGCCCAUGGUCUUGUCCCUGUGUCACCUGGGGCUGCCUGCUCAUGCUGUGAAGGAAGA